GAUCUGGUUCGGCGUCACUCCACCACCUCGGCCCCGCCGCAUGGACGACGAUGAAGACGAUUAUGGCGAUUUUGACAUCCCGCUAGACGAUCUCGAUGCACUCGAGACCUUGUACACGACCGCAGAGGGUGCGAACGACCAGCAAGCGGGAUUGAGCAAGGGCGCGAAUGGACACAGGCAGGCGACACUUUGGGGCGCACGACCAGCUCAAGCGGGCUCAGGAGCACGAUCUACUACGUUCGGCAACCAUGUGGCACAUUUGCGAACGCUAGGACCAGCUCCCAGGACCAGCAAUGGUCUCGCAACGGAGACCGCGCCGGCACCCAAAGUCGUGAUUGCCAAAGUAUGGGACAAGACAGCGUUUGUCAAGUCUGGCUUCUCCAAGCGAUCUGUUGUCAAGGAGAAGCAGAGGAAGAGAGGUAAAGGACGCGCGUACGAUGGCCAGUCGACCGGUUCAGAGGCCGAAGAGGGUGAGCCCGAUCCUGCCGUGCUCGAGGCCUUGUUGGCAGGCGGCCCUCUGCCGCUCACGGAGAUGAAAGUCUUGCCCGAUCGUCAGGCUAUGAAGACUUGGAUCUACCCGAUCAACAAACCCCUCAGGUCAUAUCAAUACAAUGCGGCAGCCAAGGCGCUCUAUACCAAUGUACUCUGCUCACUACCGACGGGUUUGGGCAAGACCUUCAUCGCCGCCGUUGUCAUGCUCAACUUUUAUCGCUGGUUCCCAAAGGGCAAGAUCAUCUUCAUGGCGCCAACGCGGCCUCUCGUCACUCAGCAGAUCGAAGCUUGUCAUGGCAUCGUCGGCAUACCCGCAUCAGAUGCAAUCGACAUCACCGGCUCGAACACACCCGCACUUCGGGAGAAGGCCUGGCAAGAUCGUCGCGUCUUCUAUGCUACUCCACAAGUCGUCACCAACGAUCUCAUAGCAAGCAGACUGGACCCGACCGAUAUUGUCUGCAUCAUCAUCGACGAGGCUCACAGAGCAAGCGGCGACUAUGCCUACUGCGGUGUCGUCAGGUACCUCAUGAGCCGCAAUCCCCACUUUCGCGUUCUUGCUCUCACCGCUACCCCUGGGAGCAAGCCAGAAGCAGUACAGAACGUUGUUGACAAUCUGCAUAUCGGACACAUCGAGGUCAGAACGGACGACUCGAUCGAUAUACAGCAAUACGUUCACAAGAAGGACAUCGAUCUGCAGAGGGUCCCCUUGGAUUCAGAUCUCAAGGAGCUGCGCGACACACUUGGCGCACUGAUCGCUAAAUUCAGCAAGCCAGUGCAACACCUCUUUCAGAUCGGCGACCCUACAUUGGUCAAAGUGUAUCCCCUAGGCAUGAGGGCGCGAGAGUGCUAUGCCCAGAAGCAGCAUGGACUCGGCGAUGUGUUCAGCGCACUUGCACUACUCGCAAGAGCAAUGAGCUACCUCCUCGAAGAAUCCGUAUCAGCCUGCAUCGACGCGCUCAAGGAAAGCAAGAGCAAGGCCGUCAAGACUUCUCCGCAAUACUCCGAAGUGCUUCGGCUCGGCGCGGUCUACAUGCAGCGGCCGGACUACUGCGGUCAUCCAAAGAUGGCAAAGCUGCUCGAGAUGAUUCUCGAGCAUUUUGAAAAUGCAGCUGCGCAGGGCGAGCAGUCUACUCGCGUCAUGGUCUUUUGCAGUUUCCGAGCCGUCGUCGAAGAGAUCGUCCAGAGUUUGAACCGACACAAGCCAAAGAUAUCAGCCACUCGCUUCGUGGGUCAAAGCACAGACAAGAAAGGUGCGCGUGGCUUCACGCAGAAAGAACAACAGAAGGUCUUGAACGACUUCAAGGCGGGCACCUUCAAUACGCUCAUCGCGACUUCUGUUGGCGAAGAAGGACUCGACAUUGGUGAGGUCGAUUUGAUCGUAUGCUACGAGGCAAUCAGCUCGCCUAUCAGGACGCUGCAGCGCAUUGGACGAACGGGACGAGCACGAGACGGCGGUGUCAUCGUCCUCAUGGCCGAAGGACGCGAAGAAGUCAACUGGACGCGCGCCAACGAAAAUUACAAGACCGUUCAGAAUGCCAUUCUGGCAGGAAAGGUGUUUGAGCUCUAUGCAGACUGCCAGAGACUCGUCCCCGCCGACAUAAAUCCGACCUGCGAGAAGAAGUCCAUACAGGUCGGCUCCUUCUCUCGAGAGGCCGUGGUCGGGCCCGGCGCGCUGGCAAAACGACCCGUACUCAAAGAGCGCCCGCGUGACUCAAAAAAGGUUGUACCAGAAGAAGCCAAGCUGGGCUUCAUCACAGCGUCCGGCAAGGCUAUCUCUCGGCCCUCCCUGGCAUCGCACAUCAAGGAGAGUAUGGCCACUGCCAGUCAGCAGGCUUAUCUCAGUAAGAAAUGGCAAGGCAGAACGGCUACCGCGGUCAAGCCCUGGGACCUGGACACCUAUCAGGCUGGCAAGCCACGCAAGCCUUUUGCUGUUUCUCUUUCUCGCCGUACGCGCGACCUGGCAAAGGCCGUGCAGACGGGCUAUGAGCUUUCAAAAAGCGAUUCGUACCUCGCGUGGGAAGCACAGUCCUACGAGCAUUUCCGUCUCGAAGAUGUCAAUUGGUGGGAUAAGACCAGGCUAGGUCAGAGCACUCGCAGCUUCGUAUCCUGUCGUCGGCCAAAAUCAAUCCCGACGCUUGCGCUCGUGCCCGAAGGCCUUUGUCUGACACCGUGGACUGCCACACCUGCAGCUACUGAGCCGGAACCCAACGCGCCUCUCUCAGAGGCUGAUGCGCAGUCCACGGAAGCGGAUUAUGAACGGCCCCUAGAUCCUCUCGGCAUACUAAGCUCAGAUGCGGAAGAAGUCACAAAGCAGUUCACAUACUCUGAUGACGACGAUGAAGAGCUGCCAGAUGUGCCCAUGGCGACUGUAAGCACGAGGACUGCGAAUGCGGCACUGUCGCUCUCUUUUAACGACAAUAGCAUCAUGCCGGACGAUUCGCUGCUGCUCGAUGCAGAUGUCCUAGCAGCAUUAGAUCAGGUGGCUGCAGAACGACUGGGUUCUGAUAACAAUACGCAAGAGCUCGCGGAGGCAUCGUCACUGAUGCCCCCACCACCCGUGCCCGCCAGCGCCAACAUACAACAAACACCAGCACGACCUCUCGAGAAGUCCCAACGAGCCCGAUCAACCCCUGCACAGGACAGUCUGGAUGACUCGAUGCCUGUCGUGCGCCGGCGCCGUAUCGUGGCCCUUGCGUCGUCACCAAUUGCCGACAACAGCGCUGCUGCUGUGUCUAAGCCCCUCUCUGCAACGACCGCACCGGUAGCGCUGAAGCGCUUGCGGCGACACGACGAUACGUGCGACCUGGGUGAUCUGAAGCCACGCAAGAAAGCGAAGAAGGACAGUCGAGUCAAAUCGCAUGCCUGGGCCCACAGAACGGGACUGUUUGACCUUGAUGCUGAGCGGGACGACGACGAAGCGGAUUCUUUGGACGAUAUCUCGCCGGAGAACAGUUCCGAUCGUGAAUUCUACGCAGACGAGGAGGUCGCAGUCGGGCAAGCCGACAUCGACAUCUACCGUCAAUCAUUACUGUCUCAAGCACCAGCUGCGAAGCUCUUCAGGCAGCCAAUCAUUAAGCCAGGCGCAUUUCGCAUGCGUUAUGUCGCGCCGCGUGCGACUGACACACCCAAGUCAGCGCCUUCCGAGUUUAGCCUAGAUUCCUUCUGCGUCGACGAUGACGAGAGCAUUGUGUACGAAGAUAGCAGUCAGACUUGAAAUGUUGUUGGUAUUCAUAUUGCAAUAGACACAUCUAGAGGU